CAAAAUACUUUACAGCAUGAGCUGUCUCAACAUAUAAAUAUGUGUGUGUACACCCAAUAGUACAGGCGAAGGAUCAGACGGUUCAGGACGUUCUCUAGUACACAGCAACAGAAAAAUGUCUUCCGUUCAGCCACAGCUCGAUCAUCUGAUGGCCUACUGGAAUAUACCUCGUGUAAUCACAUACCCAACUCCUCCAUACAUAACACUUCGGAUAAACAUAGGUCUUCAUAAGGGUCCUCCGUUCCCAAGACCUAGAUUGUUGUUGGAUAUGAUCAGGAAGUUUUCGUCAGCAAAAGAUGGCAGAUUUUAUCUGCCGAAUGAAGAAGAAGAACACGUGCGAUUAGGUGGAGGGGAAGUCUAUAAAAAAAGAACCGGUGAAAUAUCUCAAAUUCGUGAUAAGGGAAACAAAUAUAUAUUUUAUAACCCCUCAUCUGGACUAACAGCCUCGCCAAAACAAAAUUUAGAAGGAGCAAACUUUGAAAUUACAAGUUAUAUUCAAAGAUCCAAUACAGACAAAGUGCCAGUUACUUUGAAAAUCGAUGGACCAAAUCUUUACCUCUCCUGCAGUAAUGGAGAACUAAUACUAGAGGACCCGAACAACAACGGUGAAACCCUUGACACAAUAGAAGACUCAACAAGAAGAUUUCUGUUUUUACGAACAAGAAGCAUACAAAGUGUUACAUUUGAGUCAGUUAUGUCCCCGGGAAUGUUCAUCUGCACCGACUACAUCAGUAGACCAUCUCCAGUGAAAAUAUCAAACUUUUCGGAUAACCAAAAGAUCGUCAGUUUUACAAUUGAUGGAGAAAUAGGUGGCAGUUUUGUGAUGGUUGGAAAUAAUCGAUUUGUACUGGAAGUACCAAUGGAGAUACUGGAACGCUUACAAGAGAAUAACCAACUGAUGGAAAAUACUUAUGAAAGGUUUACAUACAGACCCUAUGGAAAUUCUGUUUGUUGGUAGACUAGACAUUUAAACAUAAAUGCACUGCUUUAUUAAAACUGUGAGGAAAGCAGCUAAACCAACAAACCAUCAACCAUCAAAUUCAGAUGAUUUCUCAUGUUUAUGGACAGAUCUGUGAAGAAUAUUUUUUUUUCUUAAUUCUGUUUUUAUAUUCUAAGUAUUUUUUUUAUUCAAGAAGCAAUAAGGCUAUGCUAUAACUAAAUCAAAUAGCACAUUUUCAUUCUUCUUUUAUUGCAUACAUAACUACAACUAUACCAUGCAACUCUGGCCUUAGCAACUCAUGCAACUGCUAUGGAGCUCUGCACUGGAGCCCAGCACUAUCAACCUACAUAAUAUUAUGUAUAGGUAGCAAUAGCAUUUGCAAAUAUAUUUGGACACAUUAAAUGUAUAUUAAUGUUGGAAUUCUCUACAAGGCAGGACUCUAAAGGGAUUUCCUUGAUGAAUGAAAGUAGACAAUCAGGGCACUUUAAUGGUCUUUAUAAGGUGCCCCAUCAUGCACAGUUACACCCCCAGUUGUAUUCCUUGUAAUUUCACUUUUAUAUUGAUUUUGUUUAUUAAACCAGCUGUUGGAAUUACACUGACUGAGAGGGGGUUACAUAAAGGGAGCUAUUGUGAAUUGAGCCUUUAGAGAUUUAAUGUAUGCAAAGUUCCAUGUCGAGAAAAUCAUGUCUCAAAAAGAGUAAAGCAGAUUUGUGAGCUGAGCCCAUAUAGUCGCAUACAGAACAGUUCUAUGUUAUGUAUAUUGAGAUGUUUUCUAAGUUGCUCGUGCCACCGAACGCCGCUGUGUUGAAGAUAUAUCACCAGCUCAAGUCUUUUACAGAAACAACAGCUUCUUGGAGAGUCAAUCAUCUGGUCCCCUACCACCACACUCAAUGAUUCCUCCUGCUGUGCCCCUACAUCACUACGGCGUGCUGUGGGCUUCUGGGAGAUCGUCACUCCCCAAAAUCUCACAUAUGAAUAUCAUAUUAUAUGUGGUUAAAAUGUUAUCAAAUAAUGAAAGUUGUAUUAAAGACCCUGCAAAAACUUUACCAACUGUGUGUGAAAAACAAUGCACCCUUGUAAAUUUCUGUUUUCAAAUGUUUUAUUGAAAUUUUGAGAAUAAAAUACAGAAUAUCAAAUA